CUCUCUCUCUCUCUCUCUCUCUCUCUCUUCCUUAUCAACAAGGCUGGUCUUCCCUCACUUGUACUGCUCUCCUUGUAUGAUCAAUUUUCAAACAUUCACUUAAUAUUUCUUUAUUCUUUCUCAAUAACGUCUUGUCAUACCUUUUCAGCACCUCCUUCUCGCCACCACCGGUGCCCCGGCGAACUCCGCUUUGUAUCAGAUAUAAAGAGAAUAAAACAUCUGCCUUCUGUGGGUUUUAAGAUUCACUCUUAAGAUAUUUGAUUUCGACUUUCAUCAAACAUCAACAAAAGGACAACAAUUCGCCUUCUUCAAUUUACAAUUUGAUUAGGGUUUUUCGUUUUCUGCUUCAUCGAUCCUUUCUUUCUCUCCCGAGCUCUUGUUCUGUAGGGUUUUUCUUGAGCAAGAGUGAUGGAAGAUUACAUGGGCCAAAUGAGAGAGAACAACAGCAGCAAUAAUACCGGCACACCAUCUACAACUUUCUUAUACGGGUCGGGUGGAGGAUCGGUUCUUUCCCCAGAUACCACCAAUACUUCUUUGUAUGGGAGAGGAGGAGGUAGUACUAUAGGCGAUGAAAGUAAUCCUGGAGGCUUUCAUCAUCUUCAAUAUCACCAUCAUCAUCAUCAUAAUCAUCCGGUGGUAAAGAUCGAAAGUGGAGGUGCCCAGAAAUUUCAUAAUUACCCUUCUGUGAUGAGCUUUCAUAACGAAGAUGAAGCUCUUAAAGCUAAGAUCAUUUCCCACCCUCACUAUUCCAAUCUUCUUCAAGCGUACAUGGACUGUCAAAAGGUGGGAGCGCCACCAGAAGUUGCUGGGAGGCUGACGGCGGUGCGGCAAGAUUACGAGGAACGACAACGGGCUAAUUUACUUGAUAGUGGUUGCAGAGACAACUACAAAGACCCGGAACUGGACCAGUUCAUGGAAGCUUAUUAUGAUAUGCUGGUUAAGUAUAAAGAAGAACUCACAAGGCCAAUACAAGAAGCUAUGGAGUUCAUGCGACGAAUCGAAUCUCAGCUUUCGACACUUACCAUCUCCUCUUCUUCCACCAAUGCUUCUCCUGGUCGGACUUUUAUCGCUCCCGAUGAUAGUAAAUGCGAGGUGAUUGGUUCGUCAGAUGAAGAACAAGAAAACAGUGGAGGAGAAACGGAACUUCCUGAAAUUGAUCCACGAGCUGAAGAUCGUGAAUUAAAGAAUCACUUGUUGAGAAAGUAUAGUGGCUACUUAAGUAGUCUCAAGCAAGAACUUUCCAAGAAAAAGAAGAAAGGGAAAUUACCGAAAGAAGCCCGACAAAAGCUUUUAAGCUGGUGGGAAUUACACUACAAGUGGCCAUAUCCUUCGGAGUCGGAGAAGGUAGCAUUGGCAGAAUCAACAGGUUUAGACCAGAAACAAAUAAAUAAUUGGUUUAUCAAUCAAAGGAAGAGACAUUGGAAACCUUCAGAGGACAUGCAAUUUAUGGUUAUGGAUGGGCUUCAUCCACAAAAUGUUGCUACUACUCUCUACAUGGAAGGGCACUACAUGGGUGAAGGUCCUUACAGAUUGGGUCCUUGAGUGAUCCAAACAAAAAGGAGAAUAUAUCAUAUGUUUGUGGUUUAGCCAUAGAGGUAUGCAUUCUUGAGUGGCACUUGUGUUGUGCAUAGUUGAAAAGACUAGGCCUGGGUAAUUCUAUCAUAGUGUAAUACCUAUCAUAUUUGUAUCCCUUAUAUUUAUCGUAUAUUUAGGCAUGUUGAUAUGUUCUUGGAAAGACCUUAUGCAUAACAACAUUGUACGUACUACAUGGCAGCAUAGGUUCAUCCAAGUGUCAUAAUCGCACUCCGCAGAGUGCAUAUAUUUAUUUAUAUCUUCGUUUAAUUAAUAAUUGUAUGCAUGUAAUAGCUAGGGUGAUGUUUGGAAUUGUGUAUAUUACUUUGUAUAAGGAUAAUAAAAG